GGAUGAGGCAAUCGAUCCUGUCGAUCUCCAGGUCUCUUCUCGCUGGGCUCUUCUCUCUCCAGGAACAAGCUUCCAUUGCCCUGGCUGGGGAACUAUAAACCCGCCCCUUCUCGUCUCUCUCAAUCUCCUCCCAAUCCUCCUUGCCGGUGUCUCUGAACGAUCCAUACCCUGGAAAUCUUUUAUACCAUCCAGCCCACCUACUGCCCUCCCUUCCCUAGCGAUCCCGUCAAUUAAUCUGAGACCCAGCCUCCCCUCUGGCUGAAUCCGUCCCCUCUUGACUCUCCCUCCACGUCCAACCACCGCGUCUCAGGGUCGUUCUCCAGGGAAACCCUCACGACCCUAUCGAAGGUACUGAAACCGCGUAGCUUUGGUGCCCCUCUCCAGCCACGAGUCUUGAGAGUAGCCUCGACGCUCGAUUCGUGCCAUUGGUGCUUCACUCUUCCUGACAGACGUGAAGCCGGGCUCCACGAACCGGCUAAUCUGAACCCCCCCCUCCUACUCAGACCAGCCCUUUGCCGCGGUAACAGAGGGAGGCUAUUGUCUGCAUUCCUGGCCUUGCGUGAAGCGUUCCUCCGGCACGCGACGCGGGCGCCUUUGGAUCUCGUCGAAGUCAUGGCGUAUAGCUGUGACACUAUUCUCGACCCCAUCACCCAACGAGACCUGAAGACCGAAGACUUUGAAGAAAUGAGACCUCAGGGACAGCAAAUUUCCGAUCGCUUGACUGUCGAGGUUGAUUGCCACUCUCUGGGACCCAGUGAAUGUCCCUCGAUGACUUCGAGUUUCUCUCCUUUGGAGUCUCCGACUCCCACCCCAACCAGUAUCUAUAGCCAAGGAUCUCUGGCAUCACCCAGCUGGCACGAAGCCGGCCACUAUCACAGCCUGCCUAUGGAGCGACGGACUUCUGCAACGCCGCUCCGAAGCGCCUUCCGCAUGUCGGACUUCCCAUCCGCCGAGGGCAUGGGCAUGCCCGUCGGCGGCAUGGAGCGUCAAGAACAGAUCCCCAUGUCCGCUGAGUACCUCUCCGGCUACGACGAGAAUGUCGAGCAGUUCUGGAUCCCUCAAGAUUCAAUUCCGAAGACUUUCGAGCAACCUACGUUCCCUUAUCAAGCGCCCAUGCCCCAGUAUCACCAUACCAUGGGCCGCAACCAUUACUACCGCCCACAAGCUCAAGCAGCCUACUUGCCCGAGUCUGCUUCCAACCCUUGCCUCUCCCGUCCCAUGUUUAACCAGCCCGAACGUCUUCCCAACUCCGCAUCCAUGUCAAACAUGCUGCCUUGGAUGGCCGCUACGGAGUCCAUGCCUCCACAGACCAUUACUCCUGCGCAGACUCUGGCUGGCCCUGUCACUCCUCCCUCGUCUCACUACUCCGAGUUCCCCGCCAGUCUUCAAACCUUUAAGCCUCAUACUCCCACGACCCCCGUGCGAUCAAUGUCUCUGGGAACGCCCGGUAGUGACACUCCCAACAGCCGUAUGUCCGGCCAUAUGGAGUACCAAGACGAAUACCCCGUCUCUCCAGUAUACAGGGAUGGCCACAUGAUCCGCACCCACCGCCAGCCAUCUCGGAAGCCAUCGAAGAAGCAGCUCCUCCGAUCCAACCUCAGUCUGGAGAAUUUGCCUGCAGUCAUCAAGCAGGUGCAGUUCAAGUGCAAGGAGCCUGGCUGCAAGGGCCGUUUCAAGCGCCAGGAGCACUUGAAGCGUCACAUGAAGAGCCAUUCCAAGGAGAAGCCCCAUGUCUGCUGGGUACCUGGUUGCCAUCGUGCUUUCUCCCGAAGCGACAAUCUGAACGCUCACUACACCAAAACCCACAGCAAGCGGGGCGGUCGCAACCGCUAUGUUUCCACCCUCGACGAGAACAGCCCGGAUUACAAUCCCGAAUUCCGUGGCCAGCUGACGCAGGAUGGGCGGCCCAUUUAUGGAUCCAAACUGGAGGAAAUUCCGGAUUGCGAUAUCAGCGUCGAUAGCUGGGAUGAUUAGAUGCACAAAUAGACACCACAAAGAGGAAUUCGCCGGUCCCGGGCGAAUACAACAAAACAAAAAACACAAAAACACAUGUCAACACGCCAUGCAAUCAAUUUCAAACGAAUACGCAAUCUGAAGACGCCAAAGACUCGAGAACAAAAACAUUGAAUUAUCACAAAAAAAAGAAACAAACCACCAAAAUCGCGGCCUUUCGAGGCUAGUAGGCAUUGAUACCCUUGGAGGAGAAUGGGCUGCCACCCAUACAUGGCAUCGGCAUUACCCCCGGUCAACCACCAUUGGCCGUUACGGCGUUGUAUAUGGUCUUCCGCUUUGGCGAAGACCAUUCCCUGUGAUUACUUUUCUUUCCUUUCAUCUUCCUCUUCAUGCAUAAUUUGUCGGGGCGAAAAUGGCCUUGGGGUGGAUAUUUGCUUGGUUUUUAACUUGAACGGCGUUUGCAUAUUAUAUUGUUGGUUCGAUCGCCCGUGGGAUAAUCACUUGGGAGGAACGGGCGAUCUUGUACAAUCAGCUACAACGUUUUCUAAUCUUUUUUACCGAGUUCACCUCUGUCGCGUGUAUCACUAUUGCUUACUACAUUAUGGCAUAAUAUGAAAAGAAAAGACAAG